AAUAUAGCAUAACAUAAUCUCCCAAAAAGCUUUAUUUAUGUUAGUUAUUUAGUAUGAAUUGAGAUUUUUUAAGAAACACUAGAGUAAUGGAAAGAAUGUUUCCGUCGUGUUUUCUUGUUGUAAUUAUUUUGGUUGUGAACUUUAAAUUAAUUCAGACAAAAACUAAUGACCCGGCGAUCGGAAGAUGUCCGGAGGGAUAUAUUUUUUACACGGACGGAUUGUGCUAUCCAAAAGAAAGUUUGAUUAAUAGAUGUCCAGAAGGAUAUAUUCUUUACUCGGAUGAAUUAUGCUAUCCAAUAGAAACGAAGCCGUUUGUUAAAGCCAAUGAAUCACAGGGAUCAAUGUCAACAACCAUUUCUGCUGCUAUUGUACUAAACGAAUUUAGUUGUCCUCAGGGUUCAAUUAUGAUUAAAAAUAAAUGCCGUAAAAUUAUUUGCACCUUGGGAGAAUACUACAGGGGCACUUGUCUGAACCCGGUGUGUCCGUCUGGAUUGAUAUGGCGUGGUAAAAAAUGUCAAGAACCUGGAUAUCUGACAACAGUGGUUGAAAUCGAUAAUGAUUUCGUUAAUGAAGUGAAUGAGAAACCAAUUGCCCUAGCAAUGAGCCACACAAAUGAGGUUAUAUAUCACACAUCAACGACAACGACAACUCACAAGCCUUCCACUACUCGACCAAUGCAUCUAAACAAAACUACCAGGCCAUCAUUCAUAACAACAUCGACCAAAAUCAGUGAUGACUGCUGUGAAGUGUAUACUCCACGAAUUUGCAAAUUAUAUAAAGAGAAGAAGUGGCUAUGCUUUAAUCGAAAAUAUAAACGUUGUGAUAGCCGCAUUUGCUCAUCACCAGUUGUAUAUCUAAAAGCUCCUGAAAUUAAGCACGAACCUCCAGUACUUAUAAUGCCGCCCAAUCCUCAAAUGACUGUCUGUGAAACCGAUGAUUGUCGUAAUAAUUUAUCAGAUGUUGACUGUUCGGGAUGUCCAACUCUUCGUUCUGAAAGUUGUUCUCCAUAUUGUUACAGAUACAUUUGUUCAAAUGCAUGUGAUUUUAUGGAUUUGAAUGAAUAUUGCAGUUAUUAUCCCGGACAAAGCGGAUGCUUGCCAAGAGACGGCUGUCUAUGGAAUUGGUGCAAAGGGACGUGAAUCCAACUAAAUUAAAUUAUUAAUUUAUGAUGUUUACAAUCUUCUAAUAAUCUACAUACAUAUACAUACAUACUUUAGAAAUGUUCGUUUGUAAUUCAAAAAAUGUCUAAUCACACAUUUACAUACAUAUACAGUUGGGAAAAAAAUAAUAGCACCACUAUGACAAUAUAUAAUUAGUGUUGGUAUUUAAUAUUGCUUAGUAUAUAUUAUUAUUAUAUUAAAAAUAUAGUACUUAUCUUGGAAUUUGAAGUAAAAAAUGUCGAAAAAUAAAAUAAAAUAAAAUAGCACCA